UUAUUGAAAGACUUCGAACACAGCACUAACCUGUUGGCGCAUGCUUAGUAUGGUUAGUGGGCAGUAACCAGGAAAAGAGUCACAGAUUGAAUCGUGUGUGUUGUGUUGCUGCUCCUUUGGACUCUAAGCUUUGUGAUGGCAGUGGACUGGAUUGGGUUUGGCUAUGCUGCAGCCAUCCUCUUCGGAGGAUACAUGGGAUACAAGAGAAAAGGCAGCGUGAUGUCCCUGAUGGCUGGUUUAGUUUUUGGUUUGUUAUCUGCUUAUGGUGCAUUCAAUGUCUCUUAUGACCCAAGGGACAUCAAGGUGUCAUUGAUUGCCUCGGGAGUCCUCUCAGUCGUGAUGGGAAUGAGAUACAACAAAUCUGGAAAAUUAAUGCCUGCUGGCAUUAUGGCAGGACUAAGUUUGUUGAUGGUGUUUCGACUGUUGCUACUCCUCGUGGUGUGACCGGAGGGAUAACAUGACCAGACUGAGGGCUCUCUGUCUCUCAAUGAACGAGCCUUGUUUUAAAGGAAACAGCAUUCCCAGUUAGCGUACUAAAACAAGCCUUCUGUUUUGUAUGGUAACUUUCAUGUGACCAGAAACUUUGCAAAAGCUACCAGGAACAGAUUUAAGAUUAACUACUAAUCUUAUUGCAGUAAAUCUGUUUCAGUGAUCUUUAUAUAAAUAAAACUGCUUAUUUUUGUUUUUGUAAGUGAGCAUGUGCAUGAAUGUCAUGAUUUUGAGAUCAACAGAUGUACGUGAGCUUUGUGGGUGCAAUUGCUUGUGUUGGCAGGUGGUUUACUGUAUACACUACAACUUCAGUUUUGCAGGCUGCUAAUACUGUCAAGGUUAGUAUAUCUCAAAUAUUAAAAUCACGGAAAAAUAAUAAAUGUG